AUGAAAUUCGCGUGUGACUUUUAUAAACUUUAUAAGACAUACCCUCUUCUCAUAAAGAGAAUACAACACAGUAAACCAACUUAUUUUUUCCGGAGUUUCGUAUCUUCGGCAACAGUUAAAAGUUUAUAUGACAAUAAUGCUGUGGCUGAAUUAAAUCAACGAGGCCUAGUGAACGCGCUGACAAGUCCUGAGGUUCAGGAACGUGUAAAUUCGCCUGCAACUAUCUAUUGUGGCGUUGAUCCCACCGCUUCUAGUCUACAUGUUGGCAAUCUGUUAACUUUAAUUGGUUUAUUACAUUUUUAUGUCCGGGGACAUAAUCUCGGAGGCGCAACUGGCUCCAUAGGUGAUCCAUCUGGUCGGAAAACUGAACGUCAAAUAUUAGAGAUCGAUACCAUCACAUCGAAUAUUAAACACCUUGAUGUGCAGAUUCAAAAAUUUUUUAAUAAUGGUAUUAUUUAUGCAACCAAACAUGGAGAUAUCAAAAAAUCAAGUUAUAAAAUACUAAAUAACAACAAUUGGUAUGAGAAUAUGUCGAUCACGGAUUUUUUACGAGAGAUCGGAAGAUUUGCCAGGAUUGGAUCAAUGUUGACGCGGGAAAGUGUCAAAGUUCGUAUGGAAAAUGCUCAAGGAAUCAGCUUUACAGAAUUUUCAUAUCAGUUACUCCAAGCAUAUGAUUAUUGGUAUCUUUAUAAUCAUUUUAAUUGUCGAAUACAACUUGGCGGUAGCGAUCAAUGGGGUAAUAUUAUUGCUGGUAUCGAUCUUAUCAACAGAAAAAACCAUAUAGAAUCUCAGAAAGAAAAAGCUUAUGGUGUCACAAUGCCAUUAUUAUUAACUUCUGCCGGUGAAAAAUUUGGGAAAUCCGCCGGGAACGCGGUCUGGUUGGACGAGAAUAAAACUAGCGCUUAUGAUUUUUAUCAGGAUAUGCCAGAAAAGCAUUAUGCGCAAACUCAACUGGCAAAUGAAGUUACUGAAUUGGUCCAUGGAGAAAUUGGACUUAAAAAAGCACAAUUAGCCACACGUAUUCUUUUCGGCUCUUCUCUGGAAGAUGUUCAAGGUUACGAUCUUCUUGAAGCUUUCAAUGGUGAUGCAAGGUUAACUUCGUCGCCUAAAGAUAACGUCAUGAAUAUUUGCGUUGAUCGAGUGGCGUGCAAUGCUAAUGUCUGUAAAACGAGAAAUGAAACGCAAAAAUUCAUCAAAAACGGUGGUCUUUAUUUAAAUAAUCAACGUGUAACUGAUCCAUUUUAUAAAAUUUGCGAAAAAGAUCUUAUUGAUGGUUUAGUCUGCGUUUUCAGAUUAGGCAAAAGUAAUUAUAGACUUCUAAAAGUAUUGUAA